AUGACGUCGUAUCGGGAUAACCCCUAUGCGUACGCGCAAAACCGCCCACGACCCCUCAUCGAGCAGAUACCAGACUACCGCGACGAUCUCGACGUAUCAGACGAAGAAGACGGCUUCUACGCACGCGACGACGAUUUCCUGAUCCCACCAAAGUUUCAGGCGGCAAUCACACGCACAACCGAUCGAAUCCCGCGGAGGAUAAAGCGCCAUAGUGGCACGUAUCUCGUAAUCGCGAUCCUCUUUAUAAUCAGUUGGUUUACGUACCUGGGUCCCAGACGGACGGUAUACAAGACGGAGUUGCACCUCAUGAACAACACACCAACGAUGAGCUACGGCAGCAAUGUGCGCCCGGAAUUCACGGGCAUGAUACAAGUCAGCGACAUGGACGAGCAGCAUCUGCCUAAGAAACACAGCAGACUCGUCUUCGUUGGCGACGUUCAUGGCUGUAGGAAGGAACUGGAGCAUCUUCUCAAGAAGAUCGACUUCAACCACAAGCAUGACCACCUCGUGCUGACCGGCGACAUGAUAGCCAAGGGCCCCGAUUCGCCGGGCGUCAUCAAGCUCGCUCAAAACAUCGGCGCCUCCUGCGUCCGCGGAAACUGGGAAGAUAAACUCCUACUCUCCAUUGCCGAAGCGCAAGACCGUCACGUCCUCAAAUUCAGUCCCGACGACUCUCCCGACGCCAAAAUAGACUUCGUAGACCAAGUCAGCCAGUCGCACGGCGACUACAAGCUGCGUAAGCUAGCAAAACAGUUUACCAGGAGAGAAAUCGAAUACCUCAAACAAUGCCCCGUCAUCCUCCGCGUCGGCACCGUCCCAACCCUGGGCAACCUCGUAAGCGUACACGCCGGCCUCGUCCCCGACACGCCUCUCGAACACCAAGAUCCGUUCCACGUUAUGAACAUGCGCACUAUCGAUCUUAAGACGAGGAUACCUAGUAGCAAACAUGCGGGCACCCCUUGGGAGAAGUUCUGGAACCAUCGCCAGGAAAAAUUAAAGCAGGAAGACAGGACGACGGUGGUCUAUGGGCAUAACAGGAAGAGAGGGCUUAACAUACAUGAGUAUUCCUACGGUCUGGAUACGGGAUGUGUGAGUGGGGGAAAGUUGACCGCGCUUGUUGUCGAUGGGGAAGGCAAGACGGAGUUGGUGCAUGUCAAGUGUGGGAAGGAGAGUGGGUAUGCUAGUGAUUAA